AUGGACUGCAAUAAUGAGCCGUCGUCCCAGUCGACCCGGCGCACAGCUCUGGGAGCCUUCAUCCCUCCCAUAGUCAUCCCGCCCAUCUCAGCUCCCCAUCACUUCACCAUCAUCUUCCUCCAUGGCCGCGGAUACAAUGCCAACGAAUCCCACGGCCCUCUGCUCUCCACUCCAGUCACCACCCACGCCACCUUCCAGCAGGCGCUCCCGCAUGCGCGCUUCGUCUUCCCCACGGCGCCCCUGAUGCGCGCGUCCAAGUACCGCCGCUCGGUCAUCCACCAGUGGUACGACGGCACAGGUGACUGGGAGCCCGAGGCGCGGGGGGACAUGAGGCCCAGUGUGGAGCACAUCCACGACCUCAUCCGCGCUGAGAUGGCUCUCGUGGGCGGAGAUGCGCGCAAGAUCGUGCUGGCCGGCUUCAGCCAGGGGUGUGCCAUGGCGCUGACGUGCAUGUUGCUUUGGGAGGGCGACCCCUUGGGCGCCGUGGUCGGCAUGUGUGGCUUCGUGCCUGUGUAUUCAUCCCUGAUGGAAACACUGAACGGCGAUGCAGCUGAGCAAUCUAGUGACGACGGGGCCAUCGUCUUCGAGGCGGAGGAUGCCGACGACGCUGAUGGCAUGGACAGCCCUGCAACGCCGCUGCAAAGGGCAGUGGUCGCACUGCGCCAAGAGGCUGAGUUGCCUGGGCUGCCCUCCCCACCGCGCUGUUCGUUUCUCGAGACCCCCGUAUUCCUGGGACAUGGGACGCGGGACCGGAACGUUGAACUUCGGCACGGGCGAGAGGCCGCUGACCUCCUCAUCGCGAUGGGCGUCGACGUCGCCUUCGAGACGCUCAACGGACUUGAGCAUGAAUGCUCGCCUCAAAUGAUACAACACGUCGUAGCAUUCCUGUCUCGACGGCUGGAUCCUUCAUGGAUAGUCACAGAUAUAAGCAAAGCUUGA